UUUUUUUUUUUUUUUUUGACGAUAAAUUUCUUUCAUUAAUAAGAUUGAUUUUUCAUAUUUAAAAAAAUUCCAACAAUAUUUAUUAUGGGUGCUACAAAUUCAACGUCAAAGAGACGUUUAAGUAAAAGAUUUCAUAAUAAUAAUUUUCUUAUUAAUGAUAGUUAUGAUAGAUUUAGUAAUAAUAUUCCUUCUUCAAAAAGAAGAAUUUCUUCUGAAAGUACUAUAAGUUCUCAUUCAACUAAUAGUUUUGAUCGUUGUACCGAAUUAAUUAAAACUUUUGGUAGUAGAAAAUAUUUUAACAGAGAUCAUGUUAAAGACAUUUUUCCAACUGAUAAUGAUGAAUUAAAAAGAUUAGAAUUGACCCAUAUUUGGAAUAAAGAAUUAUGGGAAGGUCAAUCUUUUUUUUUACCUGUUGAUGAAGUUUUUAGUAGAAAUGCUAAAGUUUUAGAUAUUGGUUGUGGAACCGGAAUUUGGAGUUUGGAUAUGGCCAGAAAAUAUCCGAAUUGUCAUUUCACAGGUUUUGAUAUUGUGGAUAAUUUUCCGCUUGAAUUAAAACAAUCAAAUGUUGAUUUUGCUUUAGGAAAUAUCUUGGAAGGUCUUCCUUAUGAUGAUAAUACAUUUGAUCUAGUUUUUAUGAGGAAUAUGAAGGGUUGUUUAAGUCAAAAAGAUUAUAAUAAAUGUUUACAAGAAAUAAUAAGAGUAUCUAGUAGGUGGAUAUUAAUACUUGAUUCUGAUAUUAUAUUAAUUGAUGGUGGUCCUUUAGCAAAUCAACUUAGAGAAGAAGUUCUCGACGAAUUAAUGAAAAAUUAUGAUAUAAAUAUGAUGCCAAGUUCAAUUAUUAGAAAAUGUUUAGAAGAUAAUAAUCAAUUAUCUGAUAUUCAUUUCGAGGAUAAACAAUGCCCUAUUGGAGAAUGGGGAGGUAGAUUAGGAACUCUUUAUUUGGAAAUUUUAAAAUGGGCUACAAAAAAUUUAUAUCAUUCAGUUUCUACUUUAUAUUCUGAAGAAGAAUAUAAUUUAAAAGUUGAUGAAGCUUUUGAAGAAUUAAAUCAUUAUAAUGGUUAUGAUAUGGUAUUUAGGAUUUGUGCAAAGAAAAAUGUUGAAAAAAGAAAAUCUUUAAAAAAAAUUGUUCGAAAUACUUAAUUUAUUAUUAGCGUUAACGAAG